AUGGCCUGGAUCUGGAUGGUCCCCGUCCCCGUGGCGGGAGCCGUGCUCCUGUGGGCGAACUCUCUGGGGCGGAUCCUCUCCUACCCCGCGCCGUCCUGUGUGCCCCCGAGCCUGCAGUUCAUGCCCCCUCUCCGCGACGACAGGAGGAGCCGGAACGUGCUGCUGGUCGUCGCCCACCCCGACGACGAGUCCAUGUUCUUUGCUCCAACCAUUCUUUUCCUCAAGUCAAAAGGUCACAAUAUUCACAUUCUGUGCAUGUCUCGAGCCAAUGAAGUAAAAAUAGUAUCCCACACAUCUCAAGCGCUAUGGAAGCUUUUAGCAAUUCCACAUGAACAAGUUAAAGUCUUGGACCACCCGAAAUUGCAGGAUGGAUUUCAUGAGAAAUGGGGCCAUGGGCUAGUAGCAGAACUUACUAUGGAGGAUGUCCAACUAUGGGCCAUUGACACGAUUGUGACAUUUGAUUCAUGUGGAGUAUCAGGGCACCCAAACCACAAAGAUCUUCAUCACGGCAUAUGCAAGUUUCUCCAUGCAAACAGGCAAGGAAACGUUGAAGCUUGGGAACUAGCAAGCCUGAAUAUUCUUCGCAAGUACAGUGGUCCGGUUGACAUAUGGCUUUCUUCGUUGAUAUCCUUCUCAAGGUCAAAGCAAUCAAUCUAUACUCUAGUUAACAGUAGACCGUCCAAAAGCUAUGAGGCAAUGGCUGCACACAGAAGUCAGUGGGUUUGGUUUAGAAGAUUGUAUGUCAUCUUCUCGAGCUAUAUGUAUGUAAAUGUGCUACAGAAAAUUUAA